AUGUCGGAUUUGGUGCAGAAGAUGGUGAAGACCGCAAUCUCGGUCUCGGGCUCGUCUACACGAACUCUGCCCGCCCCUCCCGCGCCCUCCUCCGCCGCAGCCUCGAGCUCGAGCCCGAAGCAACUUGUGGUCUGUCGUCAGUGGUGGAAAGUGUGUUGGGUCUACGGAGAUCAGUACAAACAGUGCCGCCAGCUGUAUCAGGCGCAGAAGCGCAUCUUAGCCAAAAGUACCCAACAAACACCUCCGGGUUCGAGUUCCGACGGCACGAUGGCCGCGAGUAGCAAUGUGAAUGUGCCCGCCGCCGAAACCGAUAGCGGCAACGAUAGUGCGAGUACGUCAGCGACCCCGACAAAAACUGUCAGGAAACGGACAUGUGGAUUGCUCCAACAACAAGUUACAGAAAAAGUGUGCAGGAACUGCAGAUGUCCCCGAGAAGAUCACCAGCAGUCAGGAUCCACCGCCAAUCAAGCCGAAGUCGAACGACUCAUGCUGCCAGCUCCUCCAGCUCACAUGAUGAAUCCUCCGAGCCAAGGGUCGGCCCAAGGAGCUCAGGCGGCGCAUCCUCACCCGAGCAAUCAAGCCCCUUCGCCUGAAAUGAGUUCAGGUCAUCGACAAAGCGACGACGAUAGCGGAUGCGCCUUAGAAGAAUACACUUGGGUUCCACCAGGCCUCAAGCCCGAACAGGUUCAUCUGUACUUCUCGACGCUGCCAGAAGACAAGAUCCCCUACGUGAAUUCAAUCGGAGAAAAAUAUCGCAUAAAGCAACUGCUGCAUCAACUUCCUCCCCACGAUUCGGAAGCUCGCUAUUGUAAUAGUCUUUCGGAGGAGGAGAAACGAGAACUCAGAUUGUUCUCCUCGCAGAGGAAACGUGAAGCCCUCGGCAGGGGAACGGUCCGUCAGUUGCCCGUUUCUCCCCACGUACAGGUUGUUUGCGCAUGUUGCAACGAGUACCUCUCCGGUGGAGACAUGUGCGUGUUCGCUUCUCGCGCAGGACCGAACAUCGGUUGGCACCCGUCGUGUUUCACGUGUACUGUUUGCAAGGAGCUCCUGGUGGACUUGAUUUAUUUUCUGAAGGAGGGAGCUCUCUUCUGCGGUCGGCAUCACGCCGAAAGCUUGAAACCCCGCUGCAGUGCGUGUGACGAGAUCAUUCUCGCCGACGAAUGCACUGAGGCGGAGGGAUUGGCGUGGCACAUGAAACACUUCUGCUGCUAUGAAUGCGAAAAGCAACUGGGCGGUCAGCGCUACAUAAUGAGAGACAGUCGACCCUUCUGUCUCGCGUGUUUCGACGCCAUUUUCGCCGAGUUCUGCGACACUUGCGGAGAGCCCGUUGGUGUCGACCAGGGCCAAAUGUCUCACGAGGGACAGCACUGGCACGCGACUGAACAGUGCUUCAGAUGCUCCAGCUGUAGAAACUCCCUUCUCGGCAGGCCUUUCCUGCCCAAGAAGGGACUCAUUUACUGCUCGUUGGAGUGUAGUCGAAGCAGCUCGAGCAGUCGAGCACAGCGAUCGAACUCUGUGAAGAAUUCGGCGCGUCCGAAUUCUUCCGCAGAGAAGGCGUUGGUGAUCUCUCAGCAGCAGAAAUCGCCUCAGCAAGAGAGCAUGUCCAUGGUUCCGGCGGAUGCGAUGUUUCCCUCCAAACAGAUCGCCUUCUCCCCGCUGGCCAAUAGUUCUUCCGACAACGUGCAUCCACGUUCCCAGGCUGCGGACAGGAACUAUUCCCCCAUGUCGAACCACAGCGAAUCGCUUCGGAACUUCGGCGCUAAUUUCUCGCCGAACACUUCGUCUGAGAAGAGUUUUGCCUCUCAGCAAAUGACCUCCUCGGCCCACGGUAUUCAGAGGCCUGGUCCUCCCCCGUAUAACGUGGCCGCUUACAAUCUCAACGGACUCCCUCCGCCGAUGGGUCGCGCACCGAACCAUAUGCGAGGAUCGCAGGGUAACAUCGCCCACAAUUUCGCGCACAAGGUUCCCCAACAGCAACAACAGCAGCAGCUUCCAACCCAGAACGGUCUAUCGCCGAUGGUUCGUCAGCCGCCCGGGAUUCCGCGAGAUGUAGCUCUGUUGAACGGCAAGAAUUCACCCGUUGUUCAAUCACAACGACUUCUUGGCGACGUCAGCAGCGGCUCGAUAUCUCCAGCCGUACGGAAUUCUCCCGCGCAAGGGAGACGGGAACUCCAGCGGCCCCAGCAACCGAUGGUUGCCGAGCUCCAAAACGGGAUUGUCUCUCAGAACGGGAACCGUUCCCUGUCGCCGACUCUGCCACGACGUGAGGCCGGAUCGCCAGGAUUGGGCCGACGAUCGUUGACCGAUCUGUCCUCGAACAGUCUGCCGCGACCCCCACGUGAUGGCUCGAGCUCGUUGGCGGGGACACCGACGAAAUACAAAUCCGUUUACGGAGGCAACCACGGCCUGACGGUCGGAUCACCUCAGCGGAAGCAGAUGGCCGAUUUCACGCUGCCAGAAGUCAACUUCGGAGCGAAACAGAAGACGAGGUUGACUCGUGAGGGUUCGCUCAAUGAGCAUUACGCGAACCUUCAACGCAGCGGGUCCGUGAACGCUCUCCCGGAGGUCGAGCACAACAAUGCCAUGAUCAAGAGGCGUCCGUCGGAGCAGUACCAGAGUGGCACGUUGCCGAGGAACUUCAGCAGCGGGCCGAUACUCAACGAUGGGAAUUUGUACAGUAAUUAUCCCGCGCCCCAGGAACUCUACAUCAACGCUUCGCAGAUACACAACGGCGCUCACAUGCAACUGAACCAAAGUCAAGAAAUCUAUAGCAAUCCACAAGAGUUCCAGCAAGCCGCCGCGGACCUAACCUACGACAACGUCCCGAGCGUUCGCAGCAUCAUGUACAAGAAUGGCAAGCAGGAAGAGAUGACGCAUGAAGAGCACGAUAUGACGAUGUCGUCGACGCAAUCUAUGACUCCCACAACACGCCGUCGAGAACCUCUAGAUAUGAGCGACAUCUGCUUGAAAGAUCUGUUAGCGGGAAGCGAUCAAGUGUUCGUUGAGGUCGUACAGGAAAUCCAGAACGGACCUUCGCUCCAUCGAACAAGUCUCCAAGCAGCGUCCAACGGUCCGGGAUCGAUGCGGCAAAAUUUCUCGCUGCCCUUGAUGAACCCUCACAGACCGUCGGCUCAACCACCGGACACCCUAGAGCUCGAGUCCCCGAUGACUCCUCAGCAACUGCCAAGUCCGCCCAUUCUGAAGUCGAUCGGACCUCCGAACGGAAUUCUGCAACGUCAGACGACUACCAGAGCCGAGGUCCAUCAUCAACAGAACGAUUUCGAGCAUCGCAGUCGAUCGGAAGAUCGUUGCGACGGCGGCGAAUCUUCCAAGGACAGGCGAUCCCGAAAGAGCUCGAGGAGCUCAUCGAAUGGCCGGUCACGAAGUGGCUCAUCGUCCUCGCACCAUCGAAGUCGUAGUUCAUCGAGAUCUCGUCGGGAACGCGACGAGAGCAGCUGCUCGACGUGCGAUAGCACCGACUCGACGUCGAGCACCGAAGACGAAGCCGAAAUCUACCGCUUACCGGAACGUCGUGAUUUCGGUGGCGUUCGCAUCAAUUAUGUGCAAAGUAACACGUUAGCCGUAGCGAGACAGAAAGCUGUAGCAGCUCAACGUGCACAAAAUAAAAACUGCCUCGUGCAGUGAGAGGGUUGUGAAAACUGUACAAUUAUUACCAAAUAUUCUGAAAAUGUUCAUGAUAUUCGUACGAUUCGCAACAAUUUCCUCAGUGGCCAAAGCGGGCGAGCAGCAGCAGCUCUACUGUCUUCCGCAACGAAGACUCGUGCAAUACCCAUCUAACUACAUGCCAAAUGUCUUGUGCUCCAUGAAGCUGUGGCGCUCGCGUGUAAACAACGAAAACAAUCACAAAUGACGAUGUAU